UAUAACAAAUAAUUUGAGAUCAAUGGAGGAUUUACAGAUAAGUGGCCGCUCAUCAGUUUCAUCCUCCCGCCCAAGGCCAAAAGCAAAGACAUUGGGAGUCAACUUUUCUCAAAGAAAGAGGGAGAAGUCGGAACCAGGCAAAAACCCAAAAAAAGUGACUAUUUCUAAAGAUUCCAGAGCUUCCACAACUUAUCUGACCAGUCCCAGUGGGGCUGAAAAACGUGGCAAUCCACUGCUCUGUUCUUCUGACAUUUUGGACAGACUUUCUCGGUCCCUUCCACCCUCACAGAACAUUAACUAUGAACAAGAUCUUCCUGUUAAGGAUUCAGUGGUAAUGAAACCUAACUUCUCUGCACGAAAUGAGGGCAGGGAUCAGGCAGCUACUAAGAUUCAGAGACAUUGGAGAAAAUACCAGGAAGAUAGGAAGAGGAAAGAGACUGCUGACGAGAAUCAGAACAUAUUUAAGAUGAGUGAAGAGUUGAAGGAGAUGCUGGCUCAGGAACGGAAGAAGGUGCUUGCGGAUCGUGAGAAAGAAAGCACAGCAAAAGUUAAAAGUAGAGUUGACGUAGAGAAAAAGAAAAGAGAGGCCAGACUAAAAGCAAUCGAGGAACUCAAUAAAAAACGUGAGGAGAAGAGAAAGUUGCAGCAACAAAUUUUACAAGAAGAACUUCAACUCACGACCGAGACCAAUAAAACGAAACGAAAGAUCGUCAAGAGGGCUGUCACUCCGAAGACGGGCAUCAACAAAAAUUCCCCUCCUAAAAGGAAGUCCAAAACGUAAAGCAGAAGGGGUCAGAAACGAAAUUGGAAGAUACAACUAAAACAGAUGCAACAGAUACAACAUAUGACAACCUUGUAGAGGAGAUAUUCCUCACAAA